ACCUUUCGCACGUCGGACAAAUGUUCGAGUCACCAAAGAAAAGAAGCAAUGCAACAAAAAAACAUGAAAGUUUAGCAGUGGAGCCGUGCGCAGCAGUUAAAUGUCAACCUUUAUUUUUUGCUUUUUAUCUUAAACCUCAUUUUACGGACAGAAACUGUGAAUAAUGGACGUUAGAUCCGUUUCCUGGAUAUUUGCUGUGGUUUUACUGCCAGGGUUGGCCGCCGGGGAGAUGGUGAACGUCCCCGGAGGAAGGCUGCUGAUGGGGACCCGAGCAGCGGACGGCAGGGACGGAGAGUCCCCCGUCAGGGAGGUGGAGGUCCAGUCCUUCAGUUUAGACAAAUAUCCGGUCACAAAUUCACUUUUCAGAGACUUUGUUCGAGCAAUGAAGUAUAAAACUGAAGCUGAGACUUUUGGAUGGAGUUUUGUCUUCCAGGACUUUGUUUCAGAUGAGCUGAAGAGCAAAGUUACUCAGAGAAUUGAGUCUGCCCCCUGGUGGUUGCCCAUAGAACGAGCAUUUUGGAGACAGCCUGCAGGGCCGGGUUCAGGCAUCCUGGAGCGUCUGGACUUCCCGGUGGUUCAGGUGAGCUGGAACGACGCGCAGGCGUUCUGCAGGUGGAAAGGCAACAGACUGCCCACAGAGGAGGAGUGGGAGUGGGCUGCUCGUGGAGGGCUGCAGGGUCGGACUUAUCCGUGGGGGAACAAGUUCCAGCCCAACAGGACCAACCUGUGGCAGGGAACGUUUCCAGAUGAAGACACAGCAGAGGAUGGAUAUCAUGGCACCUCGCCUGUCACUGCAUUUCCUCCUCAGAACAGUUACGGACUGUACGACAUGAUGGGAAACACGUGGGAGUGGACGUCCACACCGUUCCCGGCAGCUCGGCCGACGUACGUGCUACGCGGCGCCUCCUGGAUCGACACGGCGGACGGCUCGGCCAAUCACAAGGCGCGGAUCACAACCAGGAUGGGUAACACCCCGGACUCUGCCUCGGACAACCUGAGCUUCAGGUGUGCCGCCAGCCUGGGGAAGAAACAAGCCAAGGGGAAUGACAAAGCGGAGCUAUAGCGACAAAGUGUUCAUUCUUAAUUGCUCUCAUCAGAAGUAAAUGAAAAGAAGCCGUUUAAAUGAACGACACAGAUGCAGUGUAAACAAGCGAGUGCAGGACAAAGUGCUCCAAUAGAAAGGAGCUGGGCUGCUUUUCGUGGUUCUUGGAAAAGGCCCAGUUGUUUUUGUGUUGAAGCACUAAGGACCACCAUGAGAGGGACCACAGGGGGGCUUAAAAACACUUUUGGACAGGCAACUAUAUCUCUCCUGUGGAGAAAUUUCUUUUUGCACCCAAAUUCAACAAAUAAAUACAUAACAAACCUCCCUCUCUGCUUUUGAUUGAGUUUUGUUUGCAGCCUAGAAACGUCUCUUCGCCCGUGACAAAAAACAUGGACUGAAUGAAUUCACCCAGCAACAGAAAGGGGGCACUCUUUCCCACCGCAGAUACUCCUCGGUCUUCACACUGAGAUCUCUCUUUGUUCAGUUAGUUACGUAACAGGAGACCAAAUCAGGCCUUUAGUUUAGUGACAGAGACUCUUAAUCCCUGCAUUGGCUUUUUGCUUACUUUCUCAUGUUAGCUGAUCGGACUCGCUCUGAGAACUUGGAUCUAGUCUCUGCUCUUCGUUUAACUAUCUUGGUUUAACUAUCAGUUUGCUGUUUAAUGUGAGGCUUUCAGCUCUCAGUCUGGCCACACACACUAAAUGUGAUUUACAGUGACAGCCACCUUUAUUUUUUAAUACAUACAGGACAAGUAGAAUAAAAUCUAAACGUGUGUCUGCACUUUUCAGUCAUAUAAAACCAGUUGUGGGAAUGUUCACAUAGUGCUGUUAAAUAAAGAAAUUAACAUGUUGCAUGUGCACGGGGGAAAGUCCACACCUCCACAUUUCCUGUCUGACACCAAUCUGCAGAGUUUCUGCUAAGUGCAGCCACAUGCAUUCAUCUGAAAGGGAAACCACUGACCACCAACACCUGAAAUACUCAUCUGUGGGAAUGCUUUUCCGACAAAGCAUUUGUAGUUAGAUUUUUUUUUUACGUCUGUGUGUCUAAUCAAUGGAUUAUUUCACAUCCUAUUAUCAGAUAAAGUAAAUGUUUAAAUGUACAUAAAUGUUGAUGCACGUGAAGUUUUGCAUUUAAAGUGACAUGGUUUAACCCUGGUUCUGAUGCAGAAACAUUUCUAUGUUAUUCUAGCAAACCUGGGAUUAAAUUAUGACUGCAAUAAGACCU